GUACCAGUUGGUCGGCGCGGGAGAACGCUUUCCUGCGUCACGCGCCAAUACGCGUGUGUUCCUUAUGUUCUAAUUUUGAAUCUACUUUAGCUUUGUGUGGGUCUUUCUAUGUUAUUAAUGGCUUAUAUGGGUCGCCAAUUUAACAAAAUAGUGUUACGAUAUUGGCUUCUAUAGCUAUCGUAACGUUUGUUUUCAGUGAUUUAAAAAAUCUCUUCUGAUUUUAACAUUUUAUUAGUUGUGCUGACAAUGCAUCACCUUUUGCUGCUGGUUCUUUCGGUUGUGUCGUCGGCGUGCGGCUACCACAUUCUCUGCGUCCACACAAUACACAGCCGGAGCCAUUUCAACUUGGUCUAUGGCGUCGUUAAACCGCUUCUGAAAGCUGGCCACCAGGUAACGUUCAUAACAUCGUUUCCUGACACGCAAGCUCACCAAAACUUAAGUAUAAUCGACGUCAGUUCUACGCAGAAGUACAUGGAAGCACUUCACAGCAAGAACCACAGCGUGGAGUGGGAGCCGGUUAAACAGUUCGCUAGAGAUGUGAACAGAGAGGUGUUCAACAAGCCAGCUGUCAGGGAACUCCUGCUCCACGGCAAGAUAGAUUUGGUCGUCACAGAGUGGUUCUUCUCUGAUCUAGAAGCCGGAUACUCUGCAAUAGUCCAAGCGCCAUGGAUCGUGGUUAGCGGCAUGAUCUACCACACGCGGUUGGAGUAUCUCAUGGACUCGGUGCGGUCCGUGCCCAUAAUACCCACCGGUCUGGGCCGCACCAGAGACUACCAGCUGCCUCUGGACUUUCGACAUCGACUUCUUAACACGUUCUCCUUUUUAUUUUACAUAUAUGAUUGGAUCAAAGAUUAUCCAAUCGACAAGGCCCAGUACGAGGAACACUUUCAGCCUCUCGCCCGACAGAAGGGGAUAACGCUGGCCCCAUUUUCUGAGGCUAUCCACAACAUAUCGCUGGUGUUUGUGAACUCGCACACGACGCUAGCGCCAGCCAUGAGCCUUCCGCCCAAUGUGAUCGAUAUCGGCGGAUAUUAUAUCGACGAGGAGGUGCCUCCGCUCCCACAGGAUCUCCAAGAACUCAUGGAUUCGUCCACCGAAGGUGUGAUUUACUUCAGCAUGGGUUCGGUGGUCAAGUCUACGAAUUUUCCGCCCUAUACUCUGCAGGAUAUUCUGAAGCUCUUCAGCGAGAUCCCACAAACAGUUCUGUGGAAAUUUGAUAUCCCACUGGAGAAUCUGCCGAAGAAUGUACACGUGCGACCUUGGAUGCCUCAAACUAGUAUACUAUCGCAUCCAAAUCUGCGCGUGUUCAUAACGCACUGCGGGCUGCUGAGUACACUGGAGGCGCUGAAGUUCGGCGCUCCAAUCCUGGCUGUCCCCGUGUUUGGAGACCAACCCUCCAACGCCGAAAUGGUGGAGGCGGCAGGGAACGGCUUGAGGAUCCACUCCUCCCCGGAAAUGGGAAAGGACCUUGUCGAACCCCUCAAGAGAAUGCUCUCGAAUGACAGCUACUACAACCGCGCGAAGUACUUGUCGCGGAUAUUCAACAACCGGCCGGUGACGCCGACGCAGCUCAUCCUGCACUACGUCCACCUGGUCAUCGAGUCCCAAGGCGCACCUCAUCUCCGGUCGAAGGUCCAUCUUUACAAAUGGUACCAGAUAUGGAUGAUUGACCAACUGGCGUUCUUCGUACUAGUGACUUAUGUAACCUACAGAAUACUCAGAAAAAUAUUAUGCCUAAUAUCAUUAGUAUUUAGUGAAAAACAAAAAAUACUUUAAAAUA